AUGGAAGGUUUGAUUCCAUAUCUUAUUCAUGCAAUGAAGAAGCAGAAGCCUCAUCAUCAUUACAGGAGCUUCUCCCAUUCUGAAAGCUCAAACCGCAGCUACCAUUUGUUGUUGGCAUCUGAUUCAUUGACAGGAUCUUCUCACAGGAGAACCAGGUCUGAUUUUCAGCCUCCCUCAAGUGAGUUCUUAGAGCAGAGACAUGGUGCUGAUGGAUUCUUGGUCAGCCCCAAAGGCCCUGUUAUUACUUCUACGGCUGCUCCUCCCACUGUCAAUGUUAAUGCUUCCUAUGCUGCCCAACCCUCUCACCAUAUUACCAACGUUCGCAAUCGCAAGUGA